AUGUGGGUCAAGGAAGUAAGCGAGAAACCGCGAGGGUUCUGGGGUGUUGAAGUGGUUGAAUGGCGCUCACCCAUUACCUGUCCCAAAGCAAUCGCCCCUGUAUCCGAAGACAACCUGACAAGCCAAGAUAUUGUGGACAUGACAAAACAACCGAAAGUAGGAUAUCUGGGUUGGCCAGAGACGUGGGCGAUUGAAAUUACCGGAGAGAGAGAGAGAGAAUGCAACAACAGAACAGGCUAG